CAACACAACCUCAAUCAAUCGCAUGCACGAUUUAUCGCCUUUCCAGCUAUGAACAGGAACGCGUUUUUUUCGAGCCACCGCGAUGGCUACGGUCGGGGUCCCUCCACAGCCCCCGCCGCCUCCACCAAAUCCAGGCGGAGGUGGUGGCCUUCCUCCCGACCGCCCGAUCCUACCGAUUGAGGCCCCCGAUGACGAGAUUCCCGUCGAUUACAAGAGAUGCCGUGCUUGCAGGUUCGUCAAGCAUCACCAGCACUUUGUUGCGAAGCCUGGUGGAAGAAGAGGAGUAUUGACGGUUAAUUGCGAUACUUGCCGCGGUCUGAAUGUUGGCGCGCACCGAUCCAGUAUUCGCGACCUCCUCUCGAAUAUGCCUGCCCUCGCCCCGCGGUCUAAGCGUACACCCGACGUGUUGUCCUCGCCUGAAGGCCGUGCCUCUCGAGCCGCCUCAAUGGCAUACGGCCCUCUUCGCCGACCUUCCGGCUCGCCCCCCCCCGAGGCCAGCUCCCGGUCUUCGUCCCCGGCCUUCCCUCGGGCUCGGAAGUCUUCGCCUAGGCCGCACCCGCGCCCCUACCCCCAUUCUUCCCCGAGGUCAAUCCCCUGCGCCGCCUGCCCUCGGAAGUCCUCAGCCUCGCAGCGGCUUUCAACGCCUUACCUCAAUAUUCCAUCGGCGUGGUCAGGUUGAGGGUUAUACACCCGAACAACAGGCAGCACAUGACGACCGCCUUAACAUACAGCGGCGUCACAGAUCAGAGCGUCGGCAGGGACAAGUUCCCUCUGCAACACCGCCGUCACAAGAGCUUCUCGCUCGCCCGCCGGGCGGUGAUCCCGGAGGUAGUGAUCCCGGAGAUCCUUUUGUGGAGGACAACAACCGCCAGAUGUGCCCGCGCUGUUGGCAGUAUUUCCCCGAGGCUGAAUUCAGGGGCCGUGAUCACUGCCGAGCCUGUGAUGCAGAACUUCAAUCAAGCAUGUCACCCUCGCAGUCAACUACCUCACAAAGCGACUACAUGAGUGGGCCUGGCACUCCUCGCCCUACGCCCCGCCGUCAACGUGGUCCUGCUUUUGGCAGCCAGUACCGUCCCCGUGCAUCUCAAUCUCCUGUCGCCGAAGCUGCCGUGCCUCUAUUUCCGACGGAGGAAAACCCGGUCCUUGAAGACGACUUGGCGGUUGAUUCCCUCCUCGCUACCGAUCGUGAGCUGUUGCAAGCCUUCCAGGCUCGCAUCGACGGCGAGUCUUCCUUACAGCAUUGUCCCCGGUGUCGCCACUCGUGGUACAACCUUCGUAUCACCGGUGGUAUAUGUGCGGGCUGUCACUACCGUGACGAUAGAAAGCCCGACGAUAUGCCUAACUUCUUUUCUGCCGAGAAUAACAUGGACCUCGGUGACGUCCCGGAUCACCUGCCGAAGCUUACACAAGUUGAGGAGCAGCUCAUUGCACGCGUUCACGUCUUUCUAGAUGUUCGAUUAGUUCGAGGUCAACAAUACCGGUAUAGCAAGCACUGCGUUAGCUUCUUGCGUGAUACUGGCUCCCUCUACAACCAGCUCCCUCGCCUCCCUCGGGAGCUCGAUAUCGUCAUAGUGCGGCCUCGCCAGUCGGAAAACAACAACGCGUAUUUGAUCAGGAGCUUUCGUGCCGAUUUCAGGGUUCGCCGCGCUGCCAUUGAGACUUGGUUACGAUAUUUAAUCGCAAGCCACCGUGGUUAUUCGGACAUUCAGGUUGACGUCGAGCGCCUUGCACAGUUGCCCGAGGACGGCAACGUCAUGAACCAGGUCGCCGUUGUUGAGGUUGACGAGGAAGUCCCUACCGUACCGCAGGUCCUCGGUGACGAUGAGGUUGAGGAUGACGACUUUAUCGACUAUGCCGCGGCACCUAACCUCAUUCCUGCACAGGCUGAUCUCGCUCGACUACGUGACCAGGUACACGGUAGGGAGCUGGCCCCCGAACAGCCGCCCAUUCGCAACUAUAUUGAGCUCCCCGGCGUCAGGUCAACGCCCCUAAAUGACCUCAAUAACCGCCUCGCCCUUAUCAGUCUCUCGAUGCCUACGCUUAUGCCCCGGGGCCUCGGAGAGUAUACCCUGCCGCGUGUUCGAGCUGUGGAUUGGUCGACCUGGGUUAAGCAUGCAUUGUUUUGGCACGAUGGCCGCUUCGCCAGGCACCCUCGCUUCCCGUACGUGGUGUUCAAUACAAUCAUGCGGGCACAAGUCAACAAGAAAAGCAAAUGGCUGGUUAAUCGCAAUCCUCCUGAAUUCCAUCGUGAGGUCGUCAAACGUUCUCCGUGGUACUCGGCCCUUUUGGAACCAACAACGCCGUCAACUAGAAGCCAUGUGUUAUGCUCUCGACUGCCCUCACAUCUUCUUAACGUUCUCAGCCGCUGAUUUACACUGGGAGUCUCUCGCCAAGGUAAUGCCAGACUACCCUGCCUGGCUGGCUGCCGACGAUGUCAACAAAUCCCGCAUCGCCCGCAAAAACCUCAAGGAAAACCCCCACAUAGCGGCGUGGCACUUCUACCGCCGCUUGAAGGUGUUCCU